UACGGGGCAGGAAAUGAUAAGUAUAAAUAUUUUAUAAUAACAAUGUGGCUGGAAUUAGAAUUUAAUGUGAUCAAAUAAUGCAAUAUGUACUACAUUGUAUUAUUUCUCACUAUUGUUAAGUUGCACGUCGCUCGGACAGGAUUACGCAUUAUUGAAGGCAGAGACGCCUCGGAUAGCGAGUUUCUCUACGUCGCUAGACUGGAGGCGGUCACCCUGAAGCCCAGUGCGAGACGCCGCCUCGACCGUGUCACCUUCUGCACGGGCUCUGUGCUGUCCGCUACGUGGACAUUAACUGCUGCACACUGCAUCCACUUUCUAGAAAAAUAUACAAAAAAUAAUCCUGAACACUACAAGUAUUUUGUUAGGAUUGGAAAUCAUAGCGAUCUGCCUAGCAAAAGUAGUAAUCACCCUGACGAUCAACAGUUCGAGAUAUUGUCAGUUCAUAAACAUCCUGCUUAUAAAGGACUUAUAAUAGAUGAAAAUAUAUUCAUAGAGAACGACGUAGGUUUACUGAACACGGCGUCAGUGACUCUGAAGGAGUUCCCGAAGAUCAGUGCGGUGGACUACUCAUCGGUGAGCGGCCACGAGGCGCUCGCGGUCGGCUACGGCAUCAACGUGGUUAUAACGAAGAAAGAUAGGCCCCUCCCACCGACUCGCAGGUCGCUGAAGGUAUUGGACCUUGUCGUAGUUAAGUGUCCGAAAAUGGGUCACAUGUACCCGGCGCUGUGCGUGGCGCACCGAUGCGGGCGCGCGCCCACCUUGUGCGGCGGUGACUCGGGCGGGCCGCUGCUGCACCCAUCCGGCAUCAUCGCCGUCGCCAGCGUCAACGAGGCCAGGAACUGCCUGGUGGAGGGCAAGCAGCGCAAUGACGUGGUGGGCGUGUGGACAGCUAUUAGCCCUUACAUUACUUGGAUCACACGACACAUUUUAGAAAAAAACAUGACCUGAUUAUAGUUUUAGGCAUACUGAAUUUUUAUCUAUUUAUUUUAAAUAAAGUAUCUGAUUACUGUUUCCUUCUA